ACACACACACAGACACACACACAGACACACAGACACACACACACACACAGACACAACGCAUCCACACCAACACAUCCACGUCCUUGAAAACCUUCGCCAACUCCUCGCAAACAUCAAGCACAACCUCUACCGACAGCACAAUCUUGUGUUUGUGCACCUUGCCAUGCCAAAACAUGUUUGACAUGUCACAGCAAAUACAUAGCUGAGUCAGCACUUUUCCGUGAACGCGUCUGGAUUCGCCCGCAGCCACAAACCCCGCAAACCACCAGCAAACACCCAUGCUCACCACCACACAUACACUGGUCCUGCCCCACCAACACAUACACGCGGUGAUGGCGACUACAAGUGCGACGAUGAAGCGGUGAUGGAUCAUUUUCCUCACUGGAUCAACCAAGCAACCAAGCAAGCAACCAAGCAAGCAAGCACUCGCUCCAUCUCCCUUCCUUCUUUCUUUCAGCAGCAACAAACAACAACAACAAACAGCAACAAACAACAGCAACAUGGCUCCAACUCCCACCACCACCGCCACCACCACCGCCACCAACGCUGCCACUCCACUUGUCGCCACGUCGCCGGUGGAGCGCACCCAGUCCAUGGAGGCAACUGUGACUGAGGGCAAGGCGUUCCUGAACAAGCUGUGCGGCGAUCUCGCUGCCACCACCUGGACUUCGAGUUUGGCUUCUGCUUCGACUUCUCCUUCAUCUCCUUCGACGCACAUGGUGCUUCGCCCACGCGCCUCGCGCAAGAAGCGGGCCAUGGCCGCCCGCCUGGCCUCCCUGCCCUACAAGCUGCGCCGCCUUCCCCAGCGCCUCGGCACGGCCACGGUGACCACUUCCACCACCACCACCAUCAACGACAGCAGCAGCGGGCCGCGUUCUGCGCCUGCGACACCUCGCCGCAUGGCCACGCCUUCGCCCAAGGCGGCUCGUCAGCAGAACAGCAAGCGCAGCAAGGCGAGCAAGAAGCGCCUGCAGCGCAAGACCACCAUUGAGCAGACACUCAUGGACUGCAUGUACCACGACCUGCUGCUCCUCCACGUCUUCAAGGCCCUGCAAGAGCAGCAGCAGCAGCAGCAGCGACAUGGCCGCCUUUCUGCUGCGCUGCUCCCAUCGCGCGCCCUCACCCGCGCCGCGCUCGCCAACGCCAACGCCACGAGUAACGAUGAGGCGCAGGCAACAACAGCCACGACGAAGAAGACAAACGCCACGCAGCAGGCCAGCCCACGUCGCAGCCCACGCCGCAGCCCACGCCGCAGCGGGCUUCGUCGCUCUCGCCGCCACAAGCGUCGCAGCACCACCAUGGAGCAAGUGGUCAUGGACGGCAUGAAGUUUACGCCCAUCUUCUCCGGCAAGACGCGCGCUUCCUCCACCCCGGUCUCCCCCGCAUAAACGUGCUCUGUGUGUGUGUGUGUGUGAGUGAGUGAGUGUGUGUGUGAGUGAGUGUGUGUGUGUGUGUGUGUGUGUUUUCUUCCGCUUUGCUUCGUUCUGCUUUUGCUUAUUUGAUUGCUUCAUGCAUUGAUUGACUGCUGAAUGAAUGAAUGUCGUGUGGUUGUCAAUCGCUUCACUUCAGUUCAGUUCACUUCACGUUGGUGUCAACCGGUCAUAAACAAGAAAGAAACAAACACACG